AUAAAUUAAUUACCAAGAGAGACACUAUGUUGUUUUCCAUUCCAUUGUUCGUUUUCUUUUCGAGCAUUUGCUUUUUAACAGAGCAAAUGAAAAAUGAAAGUCACGAUGUUGAAACAAUGGAAAUCUCGAAUCAUCAAGUAGAUGAACCUAUUUUGAACUUUCAAAGAAAAGAAAUAUUUAAAGAAUGUCGAAGAAAUCAUGCUUCCGGCAUUGGAGGCUUUGCUGUUGAUGGUUGUUGCGAGUUUUUACCGGCCGGAGUUGAAGGUACUAUCGAGUUUUUUAAAUGUGCUGCUUGUAACUGUCACCGGAAUUUUCAUCAUAAAGAACUUGUCACCGGAGAUCUAUUUAAUUUUCCGGCCAACACCGUCUACUACCCUUCACCGACUCCGAUCUCUACAAUUUUUCCGAUUCAUGAUUACAUCCAUAUGACUGGCUCGUCAAGGGGGACCAUAAAUGGCGGUGAAGAAAGGUUGACUAGCUUUAAAAAAAGAUUUAGAACAAAGUUCAGUCGUGAACAAAAGGAGAAGAUGUUCAAUUUUGCUGUGAAAUUAGGUUGGAAGGUUCGUAAACAAGAUAAGAAUGCUGUUGAAAAAUUUUGUAAUAAAAUUGGGGUGAAGUUUCAAGUUUUUAAAGUGUGGAUACUUAACAAUAAACACACCAUUGGAAAACAACCUUAGAAAAGAAAAUUAUAAUAAGAAUUAAUAAAAUUAAUAAGAAUAACAUGUAUUGUUAUGUGUUCUUGUAUCGGGCUAGUGCAUAGAUCGAGAGAAUAUGAUAAUGCUGAAAGUGCUGGUUGAUCAAGAAUUAUAAUAAACUAUAAUUUAAUUUA